CCCGCGCCUCGGGCUCCGCGCCCGGCCGGCCCGAGGUGGAGUCGGCGCCCCCGGCGGCGCGGGGCUGGGGAGGCGAUGGCGCCGGCGGCGUCCAGGCUGCGGGCCCAGGCCGGGUUUGGGGCGCUCCCGCGGCGGGCGCUCGCCCGGUACCUGCUCCUCCUGCGCCUCUACCCGGUGCUCACCAAGGCGGCCACCAGUGGCAUUUUGUCCGCACUUGGGAACUUUCUGGCCCAGAUGAUUGAGAAGAAGCGGAAAAAAGAAAACUCUCGAAGUCUAGAUGUCAGUGGGCCUCUGAGAUAUGCUGUUUAUGGGUUCUUCUUCACAGGGCCACUGAGUCACUUCUUCUACCUCUUCAUGGAACACUGGAUCCCUCCCGAGGUCCCCCUGGCGGGGCUCAAGAGGCUCCUCCUGGACCGCCUCGUCUUCGCACCGGCCUUCCUCACGUUGUUCUUCCUCAUCAUGAACUUUCUGGAGGGGAAAGACGCCUCAGCCUUCACCACCAGGAUGAGGGGGGGCUUCUGGCCAGCCCUGAACAUGAACUGGAGGGUGUGGACGCCAGUACAGUUCAUCAACGUCAACUACGUCCCUCUGCAGUUCCGGGUGCUCUUUGCCAACCUGGUGGCUCUGUUCUGGUAUGCCUACCUGGCCUCCCUGGGGAAGUGAAGACCACCAGGAGAACAUCAGGUGCACUGUGGACGUGGGUCUAGGGGGUCUCACCCACCCAGCGAGAGAGCAGAACCAACCCAGUCAGGACGUCACUAAGUCAGGUGACUCAAGAUGCCCUAAAAUGAUGGAUGGAGAAAUAGAAAUCCCUUAUUGUCAGAACCUUGUGUUUAAAACGGCAGUAGCUGACGUCAGCUGGUGCUGCCCUAAAAACUUAAAAUUUAGUAGAGGCAAUUUCAGUUGUUACUGUGGACCAAAUUAGGGUCACAAUAAACGCAAAAUUAUAUAGGUUCUUUAAU